AUGUUAUCCCCAUAGAGUAUUUCUAAAGAAGUAAAUGCAAAUAAUUGUAAAAAUGGAAAUAAAAUCUAAGAAUCUAAAACCUAAUUAUAAGACUUACAGAUUAGAAUAAUAUUAAUGGCAAUAGAAAUAGAAAGAUUGCAUUAGAUAUUGAACUCAAAAUUAGAUUAUUAAAACUAAAAAGCCUAAGAUUUUGAAAAGAAAGGUUAAAAUUAUUUGUAAAACUUAGAUUUAUUUUAAAAAGAAUAACUAAAUGAAUAAUUAUAAGCAAAUAAUUAACAAAAAAUAGAAAAAAAUGAAUUCAUAAAUAAAACAAUCAAAGAAAAGUAUUAGGAAUAUAUUAUCUAGCUCGCAACUAGAUACAAAUAUGCAAAGAUCUUAUUAAUACGCCAACCUAGAACAGCAAAUGAAAAGUUAAUAAUUACAGAAUUAAUAAUUAUAAAAAGAAAUUUAAGAACUUCGAUCAUAAAUUAAAGAUGGUCCUUCAACAAGAAAGAAAUUAUAUGACUUAGAAUAAUUAUAUUCAUAAUUGCUGAUAGAAAAGAAUGAAGAACUGAAAUAAUUAACAUAAUAUAUUCCCCAAACAUCUUUCCAAGAUUCAUAAAAAGAACUAACUGAACUUUAAUAAUAAAAUACAUAUGAAUAAUAAGAGAACUCUGAAUAAACUAAUUUAAUUUUAAAAAAUAAAAGAUUAACGAAAGAGCUUAAACUUUUAGAUCUCAAAUUAAAUUUGCUAAUAAAUGACAAUAAUUAACUAAGAGAAAAAUUAAUCGAAUUUUAAAGUUAAAAUACUUUUCAAAACACUCUGGAGAAUAAAAAUUUUAUCAAAAAAGAUGGUUAAGAAAGUUCAACUCCAAAAAGAUAAUAGUAAUGUUAAUUGUUUCAAACAAUGAAUUAAUUAGGUAAUAAUAAAACCAUUGAAAGAAUUUACUCAAUAAAAUCAAAUACCCCGAUUAGCUGGAUAUCUAAUUCUUAAAUUCCUAUACAUUAAUAGUCAUAUUCUUAACCAUAGCAAAAUAUAAGAGAAAAUUAGAAUAUUUAUUAAUUUGACGAUUUAAUUAAAUAAAUUUUAUUCUUACAAAAUCAAAAAUCUUAAACAAUUUAAAGUAUUAAAAGUCAAAUUUUUUACUUAAGAAAGAUUCUGGAAUUAAAGUAAUUUGAAAUGUUUUAACUUCGUAAUUAAAAAAAGUAAAAUAUUUAAUUAAUUACAAGUCUUAAUGAUCAUUUAAUAAAUUAACAAAUUUUUACAUCAACUCAUUUUAAGAAUUAUCCAUACCAAAAUAAUGUAUAAUAUUCUUAUAGCCUUUCUCCAAAUAAGCUCCAUCCUUAAUCAUAUUAAUAUUUAUAACCUUCUAUUAGGAAUCUACAUCCUUAAUAUUAUUAAGGAAUCAGAACUUAAAAAUCAUUUGUUUCCUAUUAAACUAUUGCAUAGAUCUGCCCAAUAUUUUUAUAAGUAUUUAAUAAAAUAUAGAUUAGAAGCCUUAACUAUAAUGUUGUUAUUAUUAAGGAAUGCCAAAACAAUAAAUUUAUUAUCCCUGUUCCUAUUCGCCCAUUAAAAAAACAAUAGUAAAAUAGAACAUUAGUAAUCCAUACUCUAUACCAGACAUAAAUCUUAAAUAGAAUGCUUCAUACUAUAAACCUAACCAGUAUUUUAAUGAAAUAUUUAGGAUAAAUAAUAACAAAUAAGAAGAUCUAUCAAAUAUAAAUAAAUUAAAGAAAUAAGAAGAAAAUACUAAUAAGGAAGUGAUAUUAUCAGAAUUUAAUAUUAACACUACCGAAUUCUAAAUUAAAUCUUAAAACUCCUUAUAAAAUUAAAAUUCUCAAGGAUCUAUCAAAUAAAAUCAUAAUAAUGAAGAUGGUAAGCUACUUAUGAAAUAAAUUUAGAUUAAAUUGAUGAACCGUAGCAGAAUCGCAAACCAGUAAAAAAAAUUAUUAGGUCAAAUGAUAUUGGAACUUUCUAAUAAAAACCAUCAGAUAUCCCAAAAGAAGUUCAAAUUUUUGAUAAAAUAAAUCUAUAAAAUCCGCUUAAAUAAAAAUCAAAUUUAUAAGUUGAAUCAGAAUUUAACAAAAGAUAAGAGGAAAAUAUCUAAUAAAAAGUUAAUUUAAAUUUAACUUAAAAGCAAUCUAAAGAUUUUAUAUUAUUGUAACAACAAUCACUAAAUAGCCAUGAAUAAUAAUUUUAAUAAAUAUAUUAAAGAGCCUUAAAUUUAUUAGAAAAUUUAAAAGAUUUAUUUUAAAUUUAAUCUGCAGAAAGCGAAAUAAAUUAAUAAAUAAGAAUUCAAAGAAAUAAUAAAUUUAAUAGAACGGUCAAUGACAAUAUUGAUAUUCCAAAUAAAUAAAAAGAACAUCAAGGCUAUAAAAUUGAAUAAACAUUCUCAAAUUUAAAUUAAUAUGGUAUGAUUAAUGAUUUAUAAUAACAAAUAACUUAAUUGAAGAAUUUAUUUUAUUAAUAAUAAAUUCAACUGUCAUAGUUUAUUUCAGAAUAAGAUGAAAUUAAAAAUAAAUAAAAUACUUUAUUGUCUUAAUCAUCUCAGACAGAAACAGAAUAAAACAAAGAAAUAAUUAAAAUAAAAUAAGAUCAUGAAAACAUUAAUAUAAAUUUAACUUAAAAAUUAUAAGUUUAAUCUUAAGAAAUUACAAUUUUGUAAAAACAAAAUGAUUCAUUGAAAUAAUAGAUUUUAGAUUUUACAAAAGAUAUCAAAAAUGUAUAAUAGGAGUUAAAAUUUUAACAUGAUUAGAAUCAAAAAACCACAUAAUUUGCCCAAAUCUUGUAAUCAGAAAAUGAUAAUAAUAAAAAUUAAAUUUAUAAGAUGUAAAAUAGAAAUAAACUUUUAGAAUAAUAAAUCAUUGAAAAAGAUAAAUUAUUAUUUGAAAAUUAGAACAAUAAAAUUAAAAAUUAAACGCAUGAUAAAGAAUCAUAAACUAUUUUAAAGGAGAAUUAGCAAAUGUAAAUAUAAUUUUUUUAAUAAGAUUAGAUUAAAAUUGAAAUUGAAAAUUUUAAAAAAUAAUUAAGCUUUGAAUAAGAAUUAACUAAAUAAUUAUAUGAUUCUAUAUCUGUUCUUUAGUAGCAGAUUUAAGCCUAAGAAUAAUUAAUAUAAAUACAAAAAUUAAAUAAUUAAAAUUAAUUAGAAGAAAUUCGAAAUCUCAGUCAUGAAAAAACAGAACUUUCUAAAUAAUUAAAAAUUGUUUAAGACAAGUAUUUAGAAAUAUAAGAAUAGAUUCAACUAAUUUAAAAUCAAAAAUAAUAAGCUAUAUAGUAAAAUCCUGAGCCUCUAUAAAAUAGCGAAAUAAUUUAACAUUUAAACUUUUAAUUAGAAGAUAUGAAACAACAUAAUUAAUUUCUAUAAAAUUAGCUAUCUUCGAUAUAAUAUAAUAGUGAAAUAUAAAUUUCAGCAUAAAGCACUGUUUUAUCUUCUAAAAUUGCUCUUUUAGAAAAGUAACUUUCUUUCGAAAAGCAAUUAAAGGAGUAAGCAAAUAAGAGAAUUAAGCUAUUAGAAGAUGAUUAUUAAAAUUAAAAAAAUCAUUAUGAAUAAGCUUAAAUUUCUGAAUUAAAAUAGUAAUUUUUAUAAAUACCAAAUUAGUAAGAAUUAAAAUUAACAAAGAAAGAUCAAGAUCAAUCUCCUUCAGUUGAUUUUAUGGAACUAAAUUUUAAAACUGAUGAGUUGAAUCUUUAAAAUUAAAAUUAUUUGAAAUAAAUCAAAGAUUUUGAAGAAAAAUAAAAAUUACAAUAGGAUUUUGAAAAAAAAAUUAUUAAUUAAACUAAAUUGCUUUAAUAAUAUUAGUAAUAGGUUGUUAUUUUAUAAUAAGAAAACAAUCAAUAUAAAAAUGAUGUAUUGUAAUUAAGACAAGGUUUAUAAUUAGACAUUUAGGAUUUUGAAGGCUAAUAAUUGGAUUAUAUUAAUAAUUUAAAGAACUAAAUAGAAGAACUAAACUCUUAAAAUAUGAAAUUAAGAGAAGAUAUAAAUUAUUUAUAAAGUUAAUUAUAAUUUGAGUAGAGAGAAAAAAAUAUAAUAGCUUAAAAUAAGACAAUUUAAGAUGGAUCCAUAGAGUAAAUUCUGGAAAAAAAUGUUUAUUUGCAAAAUUAAAUAUUGUAACAAUAGAAUUAUAUUGAUUCACUAAAUAAGAAGAUUCCAUAGUCUAAUUAUACUGAUAAUUUAUUAAAUUAAACUGAAGGAUUUAAUCAUCAACGAUUAUGGGAAAGUCAAAAUUUAUAAAAAGAUCAUAACUAAAUAAUAUCUUCAUUGAGUUAAUAAAAUAAAAUUUUAGUAGAGGAAUGCUAAUAAUUGAAAAUUGCUUUGUAAGAAAUAACUAAAGAAAAAGAUAAAUUAUAAAGAAUAAUUAAUUAUUAAAGUUAAGAAUAAGAAAGUUGCUUUUAAGACUUAUAUUAAAAUCGACCUAUAAUUAAUAAUGUUAAAAAUGAACAGCAGAUUUAAGGUUAACAAAUUAAUGUAUUCAAAUAAAUAGAUGAUUUAAAUAAUUUUAUUACUAUAUCCUUAUUUGAAAUAGGUCAAUUGCAUAAAUUAAAUUCUCAAAAUGAACAACUAAAUUAAGAUUUAUAGAAUUAGAUUAAAAAUUUAAAAGAAUAAAUUAUAUAGAACUAAUAAGUUAAGAAAAUACAAAUAGAAGAAGAGAAAUAGAAUGAAUUUAUAAUUAAAUUAACAUAACUAGUUUAGAUAUUAAAUUAAAGAAUAAAGGACAAAAUAUAGCUUAAUUCCCUAAUUUCAAAAAUAAUUUCUAAAUUUAAUCAAUUAAUGGUUCAAAUAAGUGAAAUUACUGCAUAAAUACAAAAUAAAAAUUAUUUACUAUAAAGAAUUGAAAAUAGUAAUAAUUUAUAAUAAAAUUAUUAUCCUUUAAAAACAGAGAAUGAGUAAAAUUACUAAGAAUUGAAAACUGAAAAUUAUAAAUUAAAUUAAAAAGCAAAUUAGUAUGAAUAACUAUUAUUAUAGUUGUAGGAUGAGUAUUAUAAAUAAGGAUCUGCUCUUUAAAGUAUAACUAACCAAUAUUAAGAUAUUAUUAAUUAAGAUGAAUUUCAGUUAUUUAGAAUAACUCAAUUAAAACAAUUAAAUGAAAGAAUAAACUAAUAAGAAAAAUAAAUAGAAGUACUUUUACAAUAAAAUUCAAAUUUAGAAAAAUAUAUUGAAAAAGAAAAAAAAAAUAAAUCUGAUGAAAUUUCAAAAUUGAAUAAUAUAAUAUUAGAAAACUAAGAAAAGCUAAAAAAUAAUGAUUAUAUUAAUUAAGAAAAUAUUAAAUUACAAGCUGAAAUAUUUAAAAUAUAAUAAGAUUAGGAAAAAUAAAGAUUUUUAUAGGAUUUAACUGAGGAACAAAAACUAAUAAUCAAAUAAAAUUAAGAUGAAUAGACAUAACUUAAGCAUGAAAUCUAAAAAUUAUAUUAGCGAUUAUUAUAAAUUUCGAAUAGUUAAAAUUUAUUAAAAGAAGAAAAAGAAUAGGAAUCAUUAAGAUUUGAGAAAGAAAAAAGAUUAAUAAAAGAAAAUUUGGAAAAAAUACAAAAUGAAAAUGAAUUAAAUAAAGUAUUGAUUGUUAAGUUAUAGAAAUAAAUAUAAGAUAAAAAGUAAGAUUAAAAAAAUCAAACUGAAAAUAACUUUUUAGAAGAAAUCAAAAAAUUAUAAAUUUAAUUAGAGAUUAGCCAAAAAUAAUAAAGAUCUAUUCAAGACGAAAAGAGAAUAGCAUAGGCUUAAGUCUAUUAAUAAUUAGAGGAAUUAGCAAAUUAAUAAAAUACCAUAAAUUUACUUAGGUAAGAGUUAUACAAAAAAGAACAAAUUAUUGGUUAAUUAUCUUAAUAAAAAAAUAUUAAAUCAUCUUUUGUUUAAGAAGUAACUGAUAUAAAUGAUUCAAAAUCUUCUAAGCCUCUAGAUUUGAAAAGCAAAUAAUUAUAAAAUGAAAAUACUCAUUUACAAUAACUAUUAAUAGAUAUGGAAAGUUUUUAUACUCAUAAAAUUAAAAUGUAAGAAAUUCAAAUUGAGGGAUUGAAUGAUAAGUUAAGGGAUAUGCUUUAUGAACAUAGUAAAUAAAAUCCUAAAGCUGAUGACGUUGUAAUAAAUAAUUUUCAUCAAGAUUGA